GCGAAGGGAUGCCAAGCACAAAAAGAGGAUCGUGGAGGUCCCGCGAAAGAUUACGCCGGAAAUGGCUUUCGAGCUAUGGCCCAUCGUCAAAAAAAACACGAAGAACGCGAGGCAGUGGCCUGGCAAGAGGCAAAAGACAAAGCCACCAAAAAGCGAAGGCAGUAGCUAGGCCGUCGCUCUAG